CUUGUACACAGGCUAGGUCCAAACGACCAUAGUUCAUCUGUGUCCUCACAACACAUUGCAACCACAUGGGAUAUUAUACAUGCCGUUGUCCCUAUGAUGGAAAAUUCCAACGUUUUCCUAUGGACGUCAGAUAGUCCACCGAGUAGAAAUGUUAUCUUGCAUGGUUCCCCGCAUAAUUCACCAAUCCCCCACGAUCUAGAAGGUGCGGGUUCCAGAACCUCCAGUCAUCCAGCGACGGAAAGGGUUUAUUUAUCUCCAUGUUCAUUCUCAAUGCCAGGACCGAUCGGCCACACUUUGGACAUGCCCUCGCAAUACAGUAUGGCCACCUCGGAUACAGGUUCCGUUGUCCAUAUCAUGGAAAAUCCCAAUAGUACUGCCUCGUGGGCACCAAACAAUCUCAUGACUGCUGCCAUGACUGCUGCCUCAUACGACUGGUCCGGCGAGUCGCAACGUAUGCCAUAUCUCCACGAACUAGGAGGUGCCAGGUCUGGGGCUCCUAGUCAUCCAGCAAUUGGAAGUGACUACUCGUCUCCACAAGCAUUGCAAAUGCCGGAACCGAUCCGCCACACUUCGCCCGUAUACUCGCAAUGCGGGAUGCCCACCUCGGAUACACUUUCUGUCGUCCCUAUGAUGGCAAACCCCAACGCUGUCUCGUGGACAGCAGACAAUCUCAGGACAACUGUCUCACGUGGCCCCUCGCAAAGCGUGUCAUGUGUUCAUGAUUUAGGAGGCGCGAACUUCGGUUUUCAGCUCCCCUCAAGUCUGGCCCAGUCGGAACUGCCGAGAAACCAGCCAUCUCCCCUCAUCUGCCGAUGGGUACAUGAUAACGCACCCUGCGGAUAUGAAGGAACCUUGGAGGAUUUAAAACAGCAUUGGUAUGAUGACCAUCUUCCUGGAUUCCGAGGUGCGAUGAUCCGAUGCCAAUGGGAACGCUGCAAUUAUCAUAGGCAGCGAGGUGAUCGUUCAAUGAAUGUCAUGCGCCGCUCUUCCGUGUGGCGGCAUAUAUCUGAAGUCCAUUUAAUGUAUCGGAGGAAUAACUAGAUACCAUCUGUGUUUUACUCUAGCCUGCCAUGACUUGAUCAA